AUGCAGGACAUCAGCAAUGCUCCAAUGCCGCCUGGCCACCGGCUGUCGCCGGUGGUCAUAAUCAGCGCCUUUCUUGUCCUUCUCGGCGCCGGCGGAUCGCUCCUCAUCCGUGUCUACUUCGUCCAAGGCGGGCAGAGCCUGUGGCUUUCCACCAUGAUCCAGGUGUCCGGCUGGCCGCUCCUCCUCCCGCCCAUAUGCAUCUCUCUGCUACUCCGUAGCCGCCGCAGGGACAGGGACGGCGGCUACAGUAUCGCCGACGACCUCCUCCCGCCUCGUCUCGUUGGCGCCGUGGCCGUCCUGGGGGUUUUCUUCGCGGUGGCGUGCUACGCGUACUCGCUGGGCUCGCAGGCCCUGCGCCUGACCACGUCGUCUCUGCUGCAGGCGACGCAGCUCGCCUUCAACGCGCUCUGCGCGUUCGUGUUCGCCGGGAUCCGCUUCACUCCCUUCUCGGUCAACGCGGUCGUCCUGCUCACCGUAGGCCCGGCGGUCCUCGGGGUCGGGCUGUCGUCCGACGAGAAGGUGGCGGGCGAAGGGUCGAGGUCGAGGGCGGCGUACUGGGCAGGGUUCUCCGAGUGCAUGGCCUCGGCCGCGCUGAUGGGGCUCGUGCUGCCGCUCCUCGAGGUCGCCAUGUCGAGGUACGCGCGCCGGACUGGCCCCGGCGCCUCCGCCGCCAGAGCGCCUCCCUCGUACUUGACGGUGAUGCAGGUACAGGCCGUGAUGGGUGCGGCCGGCACGGUACUGUGCCUGGUCGGCAUGGCCGUCAUGGAGGAAUUCCAGGCGGUGCCAAGGGAGGCCGCUGCGUUCGGGCUCGGCGAGACCAACUACUAUUCGCUGCUCAUCUCUGCAGCCGUUUCCUGGCAGUUCUUCAACCUGGGGAUCAUGGGGCUCAUCGUCUGCUCGUCUUCGCUCCUUGCCGGCAUCAUGAUCGCGCUUGUCCUGCCGCUCUCGGAGGUCCUCGCCGUCAUCUUCCUCCACGAGAAGUUUGACGGGGUGAAGGGCGUCGCCCUGGUGCUCUGCCUCUGGGGCUUCGUCUCCUACCUCUACGGUGAGAGCGCACAGAAGCAGGCGACAAAGAGAAAUGAGGACCCCUUGUCGAUCUGUUGCCCCUUGAUCACCACUCGUAAUAACUUUUAA